GAUUCCAAUCGACGAACAUGCUAGCACGCCGCGCGACUCAACACGUCCGUCUCGGCGGCAUCCGCCACCAAAGCGCAUUGACCUUCUCCAAGUACCCCUUCCUGAAGGAACUUGGCUUGAGCGAAACCAACGACGGUGUGUUUGACGGAUCGUGGUUCGGUAACGGCCCCGUGUUCACGUCGGUGAACCCUGCGACUAACGAACCGAUCGCCAAGAUUCGCACGGGCACCAAGGCCGACUACGAGCGCGUCGUGAAGAGCAUGGAUGCUGCGAAGAAGGACUGGGCAGAAGUCCCCGCGCCUAUUCGAGGUGAAGUGGUCCGUCAGAUUGGCGACGCGUUGCGCGCCAAGCAAAAGGCGUUGGGCCAUCUCAUUGCGCUGGAAAUGGGCAAGAUCGCCGUCGAAGGCGUGGGCGAAGUGCAGGAAGCGGUGGACAUUUGCGAUUUCGCCGUGGGUCUGUCUCGCUGCCUGAACGGCUUGAUCAUUCCUUCGGAACGCCCGGGACACUUCAUGAUGGAGCGCUACAAUCCCCUCAAGGGUCACGUGGGUAUCAUCACGGCCUUCAACUUUCCCUGCGCCGUCGUGUUCUGGAACGGCGCAUUGAGCUUGGUCGCCGGCAACACCCAGCUAUGGAAGCCUUCCGACUCGCUCUGCUUGACAGCCAUCGCAUGCAACAAGGUCGUCUCGGACGUCCUCACCGCCAACGGCUACAACCCCGCCAUCGCCUCGGUCAUCUGCGGCAGCGGCGCGGAAGUGGGCGAGCCCAUGAUCCAAGACAAGCGCAUGGAGUUGAUUUCGUUCACAGGAUCCACCCAUGUUGGUCGACAUGUGAGCCAAGUGGUGGCGGCCCGCUUCGGCAAGUCCAUCUUGGAGCUGGGUGGGAACAACGCGAUGAUCGUGGAUGCCGACGCCGACCUGGACAUGGCCCUGCGUGCGACACUGUUUUCGGCCGUGGGGACCGCCGGCCAGCGCUGCACGACGCUCCGCCGCCUUUACCUGCACGAAGCCAUUUACGAGUCCUUUGUGGCCAAGCUUGUGACCGCGUAUGACCAGAUCACGAUCGGCGACCCUCUGGACCCCAACACGUUGUGCGGGCCGCUGCACAACCAGGCGGCGGUGGACAACUUCGUCAACGGCAUCAAGUCUAUCCUCGCCCAACACGGCAAGGUGCUUCGAGGCGGCAAGGUCUUGCCUGGCCCAGGCAACUUUGUCGAACCGACGUUGGUGGCCAUUGAACACGACGCUCCCAUCGUUCAAACAGAGAUCUUUGCGCCGAUCACGUACGUGAUGAAGUUUGCCGACUUGGACGAAGCGAUUGAGAAGAACAACGACGUGCCCCAGGGAUUGAGCUCGUCCCUGUUUACAAACAACCAGGCGGCGAUCUUCAAGUGGACGGGCCCCGCCGGGUCGGACUGUGGCAUUGUCAACGUCAAUAUUGGCCCCAGCGGCGCAGAGAUUGGCGGCGCGUUCGGCGGCGAAAAGGAGACGGGCGGCGGACGCGAGUCUGGCAGUGACUCGUGGAAGCAGUACAUGCGUCGAUCCACGUGCACGAUCAACCACAGCAAGGACCUGCCGCUGGCCCAAGGCAUCAACUUUGGUUAACUGUUAACACGAACACCCCCCCCACACGAAGUGAAAUAGAGUUAGUUGGUUGCCUCUGUCCGACUUGAUCAUUCAAGUGUCGAUAACUACUAGUAUUGGUUGCCCAUGUUGCCUAUGCAUUUUUGCCGUGCUUGACCUCUCUACCGAGUCAGCUCCAUGACUGGACACAGCAGC